CCGCUGUCUCCAAGCCCUUCCCAUAGAACAAGAAUACAGGGGUCGUAGAGAAAGAAACAUCUCGAGUUAUGCCGGAACACCGAGAGAAGCAGCCCUACCUCACUCUCUCCCCCAGCUUCGGCGAGACCCAGGAGGACAUCACCGCCGUCCAUCGGGAAUCCCCUCAUCAGAUCCCCCCUGGCGAUCGCCCCGAUGAGGAGAGCGCCGACGACAACGACUCUAGCGACGAUUUCGACUUCACCUUCGCGGUGAGGGACCCGGUGGCGGACGCCUCCAUCACGGCCGACGAGAUCUUCUCCAACGGCCGCAUCCUUCCCGCCUACCCUGUCUUUGACCGCAGUCUCUUCCACUCCACCGUCGGCGAACCGGCGACGGAGGCAGAGGAGGGGCUCCCCCUCCGGCGGCUUGUGGAGGACCAGAGCCCCUCGUCGUCCGAGGCGGUGGGGGAGUAUUGUGCGUGGUCGCCGCGGUCGGCGCCGCAGACACCGGAGCGCUGCAAGAAGAGCGCCUCCACCGGGUCGGGCCGGCGGUGGCGGCUCCGGGACCUGGUGGUGGGGCGGAGCCACAGCGACGGGAAGGAGAAGUUCGUCUUCAUAGCGGCGUCGCCGUCGCCUCCAUCGAUGGAUAAGACCAAAAACCCUCAUGCUAACCCUAAGGCAGCGAAUGCCCCGGCGAAGAAAGGGGGUCGGGCGACGGAGUUGGAUCUGGUCACCACCCACCGGCUGUACUACGGGAAGGGGAACGGGGAGAAGGUGAAAGGCGGGCGGCGGUCAUUCUUACCUUACCGCCAGGAGCUGAUCGGAUUAUUCGCCAAUGUGAACGCUUUCAGCAGGACGCAUCACCCCUUCUAAAAUCUCUGCGCUUUUUUUUUUUUUCCAGUUUCUUUCCUUUUUUGGAAAAUAUAAAAAUGCGACUCGGUUAGGGGGCUUUUUGUAAUCUGGAAAACUUGGCUGGCAUCAACAAAAUGAGACAAAAUCAUGCAUUUAUUUUUUAGUUCAAAUAGACUGAAUGAAAAUAAUAUUAUUGUAAUUAUUUUUAUAAUUUGAUUAUCAUAAUUGUAUAGAAAAUUAGAAAUUCUCAGCAUGUGAAAAAGACAAACUUCAUAUCAGCCAUGGGAAAGAAAGUUCCUUGUUAUUGCCAUGAUCAUGUGAGGCAUUUGGGUCAUGGGCCUGCACCAAUAUCUUAGAAAAAGCUACAAUAUGGCAGUUGGUACAUCACUGAUGGCGAUUUAUUUUAUAUUUUUAUUCCAAAAUAAUAUGGUGAAAUUUUCUGUCUGUUGCUCUUCAUGAAGUACUUCAAACUUGAAUUAUUGCUACUCUGUUACAUCUAAUCACCAAAAAAAAAAAAAAA